AUGAAGUUCACUCUUUCUCUCCUCGGCCUCGGCCUCCUUGCCUGCGCCAGUGCCGAUGUUCAGACGGUCCACCUCACAUUCCAUGGGGGACCGGCGCAGUAUUCCUUGACCAUUCCAGCUGAUGGCCAAGUCUAUCAGACCAACAAUGACAUUUCCGUGAGCAUCAUCGAUGCCCCCGACUACAAUGCCAUUUCGCAGUGCACCUUUUACACGGUCGGCGACAAGACCUUGGUGGGCGGCAUCACCUCGGAGGGCCUCCAGCAGGUCCUCGUCGGUCCACCGCAGCCCAUUACCGGCGUCAGCUGCUAUGGCUUUUGCGUGGGUAUUUAUGGGGACUGCUACGACAUUAACGGCCAGUUUGUCGGGCCUUGCUGCAAUGGGUACUGCGCUGCGGAUAAAUGUCGUCCUUGGGUCACACCAUUCUAA